CUCACCUCAAACUCCAAUCCCAAGAACAGCAUUACAAGUCAUCCAAAGCUUCUCAGAAGCUACUCUUACUCUCCUCCUACCUCCCUACCAUCCACGGCGACUGCAAGAUAUCUGCAAUUAUACUAACGGAGCUCUUAAUCGAGACAUCUACAGGAUCACACCCACAUUAACAGCAACACUACACACACACCGCCGCAGAUAUGGCAAGCCCUUCGGUGAUGACGCCCAUCAAGCGUCGUGAUGGUCUCUUCUCCACCCGUUUCGCCGGUGGCCGCGCCCCCUUGACUCCUUCGCCUCAGACUCCCAAGCAGCACAACAUUGUUCUUGACAACUCGGACUCAAUCCACCGUGGCAACCUCUUCCCCCGCUUCUCGCGCUCAAUCUCAAAGACCAACGUCCGUGACUCGCCCAAGUCAAACAUUGCCAGACAUGUCUCGAACAACUCACCUCGCCGUCUCGAGCUUGGUGUCAGCGACUGGAACCUGACCGGCACUGGUCCCACAACCACCACCACCAAGGCCACUCCCUCAAGAACUCGCAACCUCAAGACUGUCAAGACUGGCAAGACCAAGAUCAGUUACACCUCCGCCGACCGUUUCAUCCCCAGCCGCACCAACUCUGAUGCCAUCACCAACUCUGGUGUCAACAAGAUCGAGAAGAAGGAGCACUCUCGCUCAAAGUCAUCGGCCGAGUCUGUCCUCGCCGGUGCUGCCUCUGCUUCCUCUGCCUUUGACCUUGGCAGACGCUCGACUCACGACGAUGAGAUUGAUGCUGCUCUCGGCCUCGAUGGCUUGAACCUCGAUGACGAUGAGGAGGAGAAGAGCUACACCAAGCCUUCGCCCAAGACUGCCGCCUACCAGGACGAGAUUGCAAAGGCCUGUGACAUCUCGCUCGGCCAGAGAAUCCUCGCUUUCAAGCCUGCCGCUCCCGAGUCGUCCAGACCCAUUGACCUGCGCUCGCAGUACAACCGUCCCCUCAAGCCCGCUGCCGCUGCCACCCAGUUCCGUCGCCGUGUCGCAACUGCCCCUGAGCGCGUUCUUGACGCCCCUGGCCUUGUCGAUGACUACUACCUGAACCUUCUUGACUGGUCUUCCGGCAACCAGGUCGCCAUUGGCCUUGAGCGUUCCGUCUACGUCUGGUCCGCCGAGUCUGGCGAGGUCAACUCUCUCUUCGAGUGCCCUGAGGACACCUACGUCUCAUCUGUCAAGUGGAGCCAAGACGGCGCUUACGUCGCUGCUGGCCUCGCUACCGGUGAGGUCCAGAUCUGGGACGUCGAGGAGGGCUCCAAGCUCCGCAGCAUGUUCGGCCACGACACCCGCGUCGGCGUCAUGGGCUGGAACAAGCACCUUCUCUCCACCGGUGCCCGCUCUGGUCUCGUCUACAACCACGACGUCCGCAUUGCCCAGCACAAGGUCGCCGAGCUCGUCUCCCACACUGGUGAGGUUUGCGGUCUCGAGUGGCGCCCUGAUGGUGCCCAAUUGGCCACUGGUGGCAACGACAACCUCGUCAGCAUCUGGGACGCUCGCUCCCUCAACGCACCCAAGUUCCAGAAGACCAACCACAAGGCUGCCGUCAAGGCUCUUGCUUGGUGCCCUUGGCAAUCCAACCUCCUCGCUACCGGUGGUGGCUCUCACGACCGCAUGAUCCACUUCUGGAACACCACCUCCGGGGCUCGUACCAACAGCAUCGACACUGGCAGCCAAGUCACCUCUCUCAAGUGGAGCACUUCCUACAAGGAGCUCGUCAGCUCUUCUGGCUUCCCCGACAACUCCCUCAGCAUCUGGUCUUACCCCACCCUUGUCAAGAAUGUCGAGAUCCCCGCUCACGAGUCUCGUGUUCUCCACUCCUGCUUGUCUCCUGACGGUCAGAUGCUCGCCACUGCGGCUGCUGAUGAGUCGCUCAAGUUCUGGAAGGUCUUCGAGAAGAAGGCUGGUGCCUCUUCCGCUGGCGCUACGGGUGCUGCCUCGGCCAAGGCAUCUCUUACCAAGACCACCACCAUCAGAUAAAUAUCUGUUGUACAGAGUCUGACAAGAUCACGACCUUCUUCCUUUUCUCUAUCUUGUAGGAACAAAAGGUCAGAGUAAGUUUUGGAUAUGCCUUGAGCUCUCGUCCGCACAUCUUCUAUUUUCGUAUCAGGGCAUCAAAACACACGACUGGAAAUCAUUGUUGGAGUUUGGGGACAUGUUGUUAUAGAGUUAUGUUUAUUGUCAUGCGAGUACGCCUUUUGGCGCUCAUGUUUUAAUUGAAUGAAUGAGGUCUACUAUCA